AUGUUGGAACGUAGCUUAGGUUCGAUGGUCAACUUGAUCCAUGUGACCCGUGACCAACAAGUGAUUGUUGGCCUGCCAUUUUUCAAGGUCGAGAGAGUUCACAAUUUUCGGGAUGCUUCCAUCGACGAAAACAAACUUCUUUCGAGCGCUCAAAGCUGCACGUCAUAUGAAGAAAUCGUCUUUCUGGUCGGCUUCAAAGGAGAGUUCAGAAACACAGGAAGGUUCAGGAGCAUAGGAAUAUUCGCAGCAAUAUUCGCCAUAGUGUCGUCACCGUCGAGAGCCAUCGUUUUGCGUGUUCAGAAAAAGAGAUCGAGAAGCUCUUAG